UAUUGAACUGACCCCCCCUCACAAUUCAAAACUUUUGUUCUGGGCGCCUUCAAGAGCUUUCUAAUGUUAGUAGUAGGAAAGUGUUAUUGUAUAGUUGCACAGUAUUAUUUUUGCACUUAAAAUUAUGGAUUGUAUGUAGGAAGAUUGUUUCGCCUUAGUUCUUUUCGAAAUAGCUAACGAACACGGCUAGUUGCCUGUAAGAUCACCAUAUAUAUAUCAGAAUGUCUGUAUACACAUUGAUUAUGUUCUUAGUUAUCACUCGUGAAACCUGAAUGUAAGUAAAGAUGAUUGUGACUAGUCAAAAAUUUUGAGUUUGAUUCACUUGAAGGUAUUUUCGUCGUUACUGUAUCUGAGUUUUCAUAAAGACAAGAAAAUCGGACACAAUAAAAGUAUAUAAUUAGCAAACAGUAAAAAAAUAAUAAAUGUCUCCAUUAGUCAACCUCUGGCGUCUUUUCUUGCGUCCAGCUCCUGGCUCAUUCAAUUUUACCUUCUAUUAUGGUUUUAUUUCUUUUAUUCCAGACGUUCUCACUAGAUUCCCUUGAUAAGUCUUUAUUACUCUUUGUUCUGCUAACUUCAUGUUACCGAGUAGGUCCUUUCCUACAGAGAUAAAUCAUAUUGGCAAACGGUAGUCCCCAAUUGAAUUGCUAAGGAAUAGUAGGUGACGUAAUUUUGUAUUUGUAAAAUUCACCAAGGAGGAAUCGAAAGCAAUAACUUAAUUAUGUAUAAACUUGUUUGGUCUGUAUCAUUAUCUCUAAAAUAAACUUUCAUGAGUACUCAAUCAAACGUGUUCAAGUUAUCAGACUGGUAGAUUUGUUUAGGAAAAUAUUCUUUUAAAUUUCAUUUUGAAUCUCUCAAAUAACCAAAUAUAUAUGUAGACCUAGCAUAAUCUUCAUUGAAUCAAAAAAGGAGUUGAAAAUCAGGUGAAUAAAACCAGGAUUUGACUGAUAUUUAACCAAGUCAGUGCACAUAAGUGGAUGUUGUUAUUGGUGACAAGUUUCGUACUUGUUUUGAUUCUUUCUGUUUUAUCAUUCCCGUUGUGGAAGUAAGACACAACUGAUCUCUUUGCAUAUUCCAAUCUGCCUCUUUAAUAGUCGACUCGAUAAUAUGAAGUAAAAAUGAAUAAUAGAGUUGUGACCAAUGAAAGCAUAUACUGAGAACGAUUAAAAAAAUAAACUUCGAUGUAUCUAGGUCAAUGUUAAUUCAAAGUCUAGUGUAGCAUUCUGAAAUAUAUAAAUAGCAUGAACAAGAAAUAUAACUUCUAAAAACGUCCUUACCAUAUGUCCUGAUGCAGCCGAGGGUGGGAAGAGUUGGCUCUCCCUCCAAACGCUCUCACAUAGCCACUGCCAGGAAAGUUCUACUCACCACCUCGCACCACUGGUGUUGUUUACUAAAUUGAGAGGAAGAAAAGAGUAUCUAACCGGGUCGGUGGAUAUGGAGGAUUCACCUAGGGCAUUUGGAAAACCCUGAUUCCAAAUCAGUGGUGCACAUGGGCUUUAGGGUCCUAAGGAAACAAAUAGCGUAUGAACCAAUUAUUGGUCACCGGCUACCAUGGGACUGCUUCUUAUUACGCUGCCCCAAUGCCUAGUGGAUUAGACCUUUAGGUCAAAGGCUUGGGGUGUGGCCCCUUAAGAAAACCACCUGCUUUGGUCUGCGCACCCCUUUAGUAUCACAGUUCACACAAAAAUCAAAUGACUUGUGUAGCGCAUAUGUAUUCGGUGCUCCUUCGUACCAAUGUGUUCAAGUAAAUAAUAUUCAUUGUUUUGGUUAUAAACGUGCAGGUGGAUGAAAGGAAAGGGGGGGUGCUCAUUGCUCUUGGUUGUAUCAGUCAUAUGUAAAAGGUAUACGUUUUAGUGCGUUUAUCAGAAGACGGCUGGUCGUGGCCGAAAAGAACCGUCCUGUUUACUAACUACUGCUAGUGUAUUACUCUUCUAACCCAAAUAUCUAUCUGUCCACAAAUGAAGUUACGUUUGGACUAGUUCUUUCUACAAACUGGUGAACGAUUUUGAGGAACAGGGUAUCACUAGAUCAUUAGUAUUCGAUGGUGUGUCUUCAAAGUAUCGCUCAUGUAUUUUUGGACCACCAAGUUAGCGAACCCGAGAUUAGACAUGUCGUGGUAGGUAAAUAUUACAAUGAGGUUGAAAUAGUUGAGAUAUGCGUUACUUAUGUCUAACCACCGUCUACAUCAAGUGGCGAUGUUGUGUGAUGUGGUGGUUCUGAAGAAAGAGGCACUCAAAUCGAUACAGUACAGUUCGUAGGGUCACUGACAGUUGGGCAGAACCAUGUUAAUAACCGUAAACUACUUACCUAGUUGAAUUCCGCGUGAUUAUCCUAACAAAUGGUUAGAAACUUGGUGAUACGGCUUAGUUAGAAUGGUUCACAGUGACGUUUUGCUUUAGAAUCUGAGUUAUGGAUCUGCUUUCUAUCAUUUUUCCUUUUCAUAUUCCUAAUCUUUUCUACUUUACUACUGACACUGUUAGCAAUUCUAUUACUCAGGGAUUUAUUUUGAAAUAAUUUUAUCUUUUAAAGAUGCUCGUCAUUAUACUUAUUUCAUCGAAUUGUAAUUGCACUAUUAUUUCUCUCACCCUAUUUGAUCCAUAUUUAUUCUGAUUAUGGAUCUUACAAUUUCACUUAACAUAUACACAGAUUCAAGUUAACAUUGUUGUUUAUCACAAUCCUAAAUCCACAUGCUUUAAACGACGUACUUAGCCCUUAACCUGGCCAUUUUUCGGAUUAUUAAUUUGGAUAUAGGAUAAUUAUAGAACCUUAAGAGAAUUUAUCGAAAAGAAUAUUCUUCGUUCAAAUACUAGUCUUUUAAUUUUAUCUUUGUUUUAAUAUGGCAUGGCUAUUCGAACUGAUGGGCGUAUGUGUCAGAUUCUUUGUUGCGUAUGGUUGACUGACUUCAAAUCAUUAAAAAAUGUUUCUUCUCUAACCAUUCAUUAUCCUUAUUAUUUGAAGAAAUCUUCGAUCGGCAAUUGAUGUUAUCCGGAGAAACUCUGAGAAAAAAUAAAGGACCACUAAACUGUUUAUUCCUCCUCGUUCCGAACUCUUCAACAGUACGCACCUAUAACUUUGUAAGAAAUCCAACCAGAUAAUUGUUGACAUUGACUAGUUAUUGUGAAUUAGUGCAUAUUUAUACAUUCUUAACCAAUAGGUAUGAGUAUAAAGUAAGCUAAUGAUAAGUUCAUAGUAAUUGUACAUUUCAAUGGUUUUCUGUUACUUUCUUUGCUUUAGUAAUCUUCACCGUUAUGUGGUAUGAAAUCCUUCCAGCGCUUUCAAUAGUAACUGGAAUAACAUUUGCUAUCCCACCUUUAUUAAGUGUAACCAAUUAUGCGUUUUUCGGUAGAUGGUCUCCACCUAAUUUAUUUGAAUUUAAACAAGACUUCUUUCUACAUUUACGUGAUAAAGAUCUUGAAGGACCACUUUUAUUCCAAGAUUCAGAGUUUAUCUUCAAGGAUUAACGAAAUGUUUAUUGACUGAUAAUGUGCAACUUUAUGUAGAUUUUAGUAAAAAAAUAAAAUGUUAAUUUACUAUGUUU